AUGAAUUCGCCGCCAAAUUCAUUCCGCGAAGAACAACUGAGAGACCUCUUGGUAAAGUCAGCCCGUGGCCCGCACUCGGACCAAGAACCGCCCGGAAAGCGGCUCAAACUCGGCGGCCCCCCUUCUCCGGCAGGCUCAGGCCCGGCCGUCAUGUCACCACCCGGUUCCACCGACACAGCCAUCACUGUCGGUUCUCAUAAUGGGGACGAGUACGAUACCGAAAGCUUGACCGACAGUGUGAGAGAGCACAUGUACGAGAACCGUCUAAGAUAUCACGCCUAUCGCGCUGGACGUUACGCAUUUCCCAAUGAUGCCACGGAACAAGAUCGCGACGAGAUGAAGCACAUUAUCAGCAUAGAGCUUAGUGGGAGGUACUUCUUUUCCCCUGUCGACGACUUGAUGGCAAGAGGUGCCGAAAUCCUGGAUUUGGGUACCGGUCCCGGCCACUGGCCUAUCGAACUCGCCGACAUGCAUCCCAACUCUACGUUCCUCGGCAUCGAUUUAUCUCCGAUUCAGCCAAGCGAAGUCCCUCCUAACUGCCAUUUCAUGGUUGACGAUAUUGAACACGAAAACGGAUGGGAUUUGGAAGAAGAGUACUUCGAUUUCAUCCAUCUGCGACAUACCCUGCAUUCCAUUCGCGACCGCACAGAUCUCAUGCAAAGGGCUUACAGGCACCUCAAACCUGGCGGUUGGUUCGAAAUACAGGAGCUUGAGUUCUUUCCCUUGUGCGACGACCAGUCCUGCCCGGAGGGAGACGGCUACGGUUUCCGAGUCUUCACGCAGUACUUGGACUCAGGGUUAAGGGUACUCGGAUCAGAAAUGCAUGGCAUCCGCGCCGCCGCUGAUGAGAUGCGAGCUGCUGGGUUUGAGAAUGUGGAAGAGGACAGGAGGAAAUGUCCCAUCGGCGACUGGCCAGCAAGGCCUGAGCUGCGCGAGUGUGGAAUAUUGAUGCGGGAGACGAUCUUGGAAGGCCUCAAAGGUCUGGCGACACGACCUUUCAGAGCCCUUGGGUGGACCGAGAUACAGAUCGAAAUGUUCUUACUGGACGUCCGGUCGCACGUCAAGGAAAGGGACUUCCAUUCCUAUCUCAACCACAGGACAGUAUUCGGAAGGAAACCGCUCGACGCGCCGAAGCCAUGA